AUGGCACAUCUAAUUCGAGACCUCGACAUCUCGUGGACAGACUCAAACGCCCCCACGAGGCGAAAUUCCACGGCAUCUCUCCCCGCCAUGACACUAUCGCCCCCGGAAAACGACUCCAAGGCCAUUUUCGACGACACAUCCAAGGGGAACGAUGUCUCCAAGGACAUUCCCUCGAUACUCGAAAAGGGCUGCAAGAACUCGUCCUCUGAAGAGAGCCUUGACUCUCAACGCAAGCUCUCCAUUCGAGAACGGUUGCACUACUUUACUUGGUCGUGGUUUACACUCCCAAUGAGUUCUGGUGGUCUUGCUUUGCUCAUCCAUGUGCAACCGCAUCAAUUCACCGGCCUUCGAAUCAUUGGCACCGUGAUAUACGCUGCUAACCUGGCCAUCUUCACCCUCUGCUGCCUCGCGAUUUUGCUCCGCUUCUUGUUCAAUCCUGGUGAUUUGACCAAGUCGGUGACACAUCAUCGAGAGACGAUGCUCUUCCCUACAUUUUUCUUGGCUGUCGCUACACUCAUCACUAGCACUCAGCGAUAUGCUAUUCCCCUCAAUGAUGCUUCGUACGCUUGGGCUACGCAGACUAUCUUUUGGAUUUACGUCGUUGUCACUUUUGUACUUGCUGUCUGGCAGUAUUCAUUCCUCUUUGCUGGUCACAGCUACGAUCUACAGACCAUGAUGCCUGGAUGGCUGCUGCCCAUCUUCCCAGUCAUGCUGGCGGGUACUGUCGCCUCUGUCAUUCUCGAGACACAAACACACAUCAACCCCCUCCCCAUCAUCUUUGCCGGCUUAACCUGCCAAGGUCUAGGCUUCUGUGUCUCAAUGAUGAUGUACGCACACAUGAUUGGUCGUCUCAUGCAGUCUGGUCUAUGCGAUCGCGAGCAUCGCACAGCACUCUUCAUGAACGUUGGCCCUCCCGCUUUCACAGCUCUCGCCCUCAUCGGCAUGGCCAACGCCCUCCCCAACACUAUCUCAGGAGCUGACCACCUCGCCCUCAAUGUCGACACCGUCCGCGCCGUAGCUCUGCUAAGCGCCGUGUUCCUCUGGGCUCUCAGUCUCUGGUGGUUUCUCGUCGCCGUCGUCGCAGUCGUCGCCUCACCACCAAAGGAGUUUCAUCUCGGUUGGUGGCCCCUCGUCUUCCCCAACACAGGCUUCACACUGGCCACUAUUUCCAUCGGCAACGAAUUCAAGUGCGAGGGUCUCCUCUGGGCUGCGAGCGGCAUGACAAUUAUUCUCAUCAUUACUUUUUCUACGGUUUUCUUUUUCAAUAUGCGGGCUCUCUUUACACGGAACCUGGUGUAUCCCGGCAAGGAGUUUUAG